CGAGGCUGAUGCUGAAGGGAAAGUUGUUGGUAAGAGCCGCAGAUUUUUUUCCACCGCUCGCAUUGACAUUUCAACUCCACGGCGGAUCCAAAGGUAGAUAGAUUCUUUGACCGGGACCUAUACGUUUUCACGGAGGAGAGAUCCGGGGGGAAGGAAGGAAGGAAGCAGCGAGUUUUUACGCACAGGAUACCGCUCAGACGAGUCUGCUGUCGCUCAUCCGGGAUAUCCCCUCCGUCUCCGCAGCCGAAGACCACUGGAAACUAAUUUUUUCCCCGUCUUCGAAACUUCCCGAGAAAGAGAGAGAGAGAGAGAGAGAGAGAGACUGAUCCUGGUCGGCGUUUUUUUUCUUUUUAAAAAUCUCUUUUCUGCGAGGUGUGGAGAGAACAAGGCUGUAAACUGUAUAGCCUGUAGUUUGCCAAGGACUCUGACAACGACGCAGGAUGCCCCAAAAAGGGAGACAUUAAGUAGUGCAAACGGCAGAUGAUUGACUAAAUUGUUAUACAGUGGACAGUCAACUCUGUUUCCAGAAUACCACAACCAAGCCACGUGGGAGUCUGGCGUUGCCUCAAUGAUGCAGAACAAGGUGUAUGACAUCUGUGAUGAAGGUCACAGUGGCGUAAACCAGCUUGGUGGUGUGUUUGUUAAUGGUAGACCGCUGCCGGAUUCCACCAGGCAGAAAAUAGUUGAACUUGCUCACAGUGGCGCUCGACCCUGCGACAUCUCCAGGAUACUGCAGACCCAUGAUGAAGUCCAAGUGCUGGAUAGUGACAAGGUAUCCAACGGCUGCGUGAGCAAAAUCCUGGGAAGAUACUAUGAAACUGGCUCCAUAAGACCGAGAGCGAUAGGCGGCAGCAAGCCCAGGGUCGCCACUCCGGAGGUGGUCGCGAAAAUCGCUCAGUACAAGCGGGAGUGUCCGUCUAUCUUCGCGUGGGAGAUCCGCGACAGACUGCUGUCGGAGGGGGUCUGCACCAACGACAACAUACCCAGCGUGUCAUCGAUAAACAGAGUCCUCCGCAACCUGGCUAGUGAAAAGCAACAGAUGGGCGCAGAUGGCAUGUAUGACAAGCUGAGAAUGCUCAACGGUCAGACAGGAACUUGGGGGACCCGGCCCGGCUGGUACCCCGGAACAUCGGUGCCAGGGCAGCCCAACCAAGAAGGCUGCCAACAACAAGACGGCGCGGGAGAAAACACAAACUCCAUCAGCUCGAACGGGGAGGACUCAGAGGAGACACAGAUGCGUCUGCAGCUCAAGAGGAAACUACAGAGAAACCGCACGUCCUUCACGCAGGAGCAGAUCGAAGCGCUGGAAAAAGAAUUUGAAAGAACUCAUUAUCCAGAUGUUUUCGCUCGCGAGAGACUAGCAGCGAAGAUCGACCUGCCCGAAGCGAGAAUACAAGUAUGGUUUUCAAAUAGAAGAGCAAAGUGGAGGCGAGAGGAGAAGCUGCGGAACCAGCGCCGUCAGGCCAACAACUCCUCCAGUCACAUCCCCAUCAGCAGCAGCUUCAGCACCAGCGUCUACCAGGCCAUCCCACAGCCCACCACACCGGUGUCUUUCACCACGGGGUCAAUGCUGGGCAGACCCGACUCUGCACUCACAAACACCUACAGUGCGCUGCCCCCCAUGCCCAGCUUCACCAUGGGAAACAAUCUAGCUAUGCAACCCAGCCAGACCUCCUCUUAUUCCUGCAUGCUGCCUACCAGUCCGCCUGUGAACGGGCGGAGCUACGACACAUACACGCCCCCUCAUAUGCAGGCACAUAUGAACAGCCAAUCAAUGACCACUUCUGGUACCACCUCAACAGGACUCAUCUCUCCUGGAGUGUCUGUCCCUGUCCAAGUACCAGGGGGCGAGCCUGACAUGUCUCAGUACUGGUCCAGACUACAGUAGAGAGAAGAGCUACUUCACCCUGUAACCACCCACUUCACCAUCGCCCUCCGGCAGUGCUCCUCACACAUACACGGCACAGGAGAGUAGAGAAGACGAAAGAGGGUUGAGAAGAGGCAAAGGAACGGGAGAGGAGAGGAAGAAAGAAAGGAAGAAUGCGAGAGAAAGAGAGACUCUGGGAGAGCCUUGGGACGUCUGGGCUUUGUUUUUCCAUUGGGACUGUGUGCUGUUCCGUAGCUCUAGGCACAAUCAAACGAGGACUUGGAAGAGAGAACAAUGGAAAGACAGAAAAAAAUGGACCUCUGUAAAGUGCCCGGUGUUAAAUUUCUAUGGAACAAAAACUUAUCUGUUUUUUUUUCUAUUUCCAACUUCAGUCAUUGUUUCCUUUUUUCUCUGGUGUGUUAGUAAAUGGCCAUUUGUAUGUUAAUAUGAAAAACCAAGAUCAAGUACUGAUAGAUGGACUGCUAGAAAACCAUGUUGGUCUUGCGUUUGUUUGCGAGAGGAGAACCCGAGAGAUUCUGCCAUGACUAUCUUUUAAUCUGCUUAUAUCGAGACUUUCUACCAGCCUUUUGCAUGGUCUCUGGACGCUGUUGCAUAUCAUUAAAGACGAAAAAGCUGGAGGGAAGACUCUUACUGUGUCGAAAAAAAAAAAUAUUUAUUGAUCUUAUUUCUUUACGAAUGGAUAUUUAGCAGAGGAAGCUCUGAACUCGAUCCACCCACUGAGGCUGUGGUCCCGACUGCUCUGACAUUGGCCUAACGUUUGCCGGCUAAUUAGACACGGACCACUAUCAACGGCUCAAAGUGCACAGAGACGGUGCAGCACGUGACACAACUUGGACCUCUCGCUUCGGUGGCUGGAUUGACUCUAGGUUACCACGAAGAACAUUAAAUGUGGGGAAACAGGUGUAAAAGAAAAAACCUGUAGUCUGUAAAUGGUAGACUGCGUCUUCGAUAUAAUCCAGUUUGUUUAUGUCAAAAUGUAAAGUACUUGUCUUCCCUAGAAAUCUUCCAGAAAGAUUUCUCCAAUAAAAGUUGAUUUCAUUUAUA